CUGGGAAAAGGAGCAGACCUGGACCCUAGAAUCUGAGGCAAAGCUUUGCAUCUGAUCUAACCCUACUUACUAAUGAGGAGGGGCAGGAGGUAGAGAAGAAGGAAGGGGAAUGGGUCUUCUUCAGACGCUGAAGCCCACCUGUGGGCCACAUGCAAAUUGUAUGUAAAUCAGCGAUUGCACAAAGAGAGACCUCUUGACAGGCGGGACCCACCUCGAGCGGCUGCCUGGCCUGGUUGGGUCCCCGCGGGUCAGGACCACCUGAGUGAGUACCCAAGUAUCACAGAUCCCUCCCCCAACCUUGACCUUGCUGGAAGUCUAAGAGGGUUCCGGAAAAGAACACAUAGUCCUUGGGAAGGGGAGUUCCGACCUCAACCCCUCACGCCUCCGCUGCGUCCCCCACGCCCCGUGUCCGUUGUUGGGAAGACAGGUGUCGGGUUACCGCGCAGGGGCUAUAGUUAGCCGCGGGGACUUUGUUUAGCAGUCCCGGGACAGCGCGGUGCCCGCCAGGACAUUAGCCCCCGCUUUCAGCCUCCGCAGCCUCCAGGUGGGUCCUCGGUCCCCUCGGCCCUCCCCUCCCCUCCCCAUACAGCCGUCCCACCUCUCCGAUCGCAGGAGACGCUGAAUAUGGGGGCGUCUGGCAGUCUGAGGAAUGUAGACUGAGUUGGAGGAAGGGUCGUGGAGCCCAUCCAAGCCAGGACUCCACCGCCGCGGGUCUCACCCUCACCUGGAUCCCGCUCUCCUAAGAAUCCCCCAGGGGAUGAUGCUGGGGGCUCUGCUGAUCAUCCUCAGCCGCCUCUGCCUCGACACCCUCUGGCAGGCCCAGGCUGUUCCUUUCCUAUCCCUGGGCCUGGCUCCUGACACCUUCGAUGAUGCCUAUGUGGGCUGUUCAGAGGAGAUGGAGGAGAAGGCGGUCUCCCUGCUAAAGGAAGAGAUGGUUCACCAUGCCCUGCUCCGGGAAUCCUGGGAGGCAGCGCAGAAGGCCUGGGAACACCAGCGACGAGGACUCACUCUGCCCCCUGGCUUCAAAACCCAGCAUGGAAUAGCCGUUAUGGUCUAUACCAACUCGACUAACACCCUGUACUGGGAGCUGAACCACGCUGUGCGCACGGGCGGUGGCUCCCGGGAACUCUACAUGAGGCACUUCCCCUUCAAGGCUCUGCAUUUCUACCUGACCCGGGCCCUGCAACUGCUGCAGGGCAGUGGAGGCUGCCGCAGGAAAGCUGGGGAGGUGGUCUUCCGAGGCGUGGGAAGCCUUCGCUUUCAACCCAAGAGGCUGGGAGACUCUGUCCGCUUAGGCCAGUUUGCCUCCAGCUCCCUAGAUGAGACGGUGGCUCGCAGGUUUGGUAAUGCUACCUUCUUCUCUCUAAGGACUUGCUUUGGGGCCCUUAUCCAGGCCCUGUCUGUCUUCCCUGAAGAGCGUGAGGUGCUGAUUCCCCCCCACGAAGUCUUCUUGGUCACUGGGUUCUCCCAGGAUGGAGCCCAGAGCCUGGUGACUCUCUGGAGCCAUAAUCAGACCUGCAGCCACUUUAACUGCGCUUAUUUGGGUGGGGAGAAGAGGCAGGGUUGUGUGUCUGCACCAGCAGCAGGGCAAGUAGAGUCACCUUCCCAGGGGGGCUUUUCUCUGCAUUCCUGGAAGACCCUGUUCUUGGCCCCUGGGGGGUUCCAGCUCUCUGAAGCUGGGCCCUGAAAAUCCAACACCUGUCACUUAGGAAUCUUGGGAACUAGUGACCUUCCUUUGAAGAAGGGCGGCUUUGAACAGCCUCAAGAAGCCAGAGCAUGGUUCUGGAGCCAGUCCUAGCAGCCACUUCCCCAACCAUGGUACUGGGAGACCAUGGCAGGGUUGGGGGAGCCCCACUAUGCAAUGGGGACUUUCUGGAACAAACAAGGGAAGAGCCAUGAUGGCUACUCAAUUAAACAGUGUUGUGACGUGGAGA